GGCCUGCAAGAUGGCGGCGGAAGCAGCAGUGGCGGUGGCGGCCUCGUCCAGCCGGGUGGCGGCGGAGCUACGGCGCCUGCUCGACCCGCGCCCCGAGGAAGAGGAGAGAAGAGGAGGAGGAGACCCCGAGGACGACCCCGGCGACGUCACUGUGGCCAGAGUUGUUGACCCGUUUGAUGAGGGAGGCCUUGACGAUGCCCCCCUCGCUGCCGGCCCCAUCCGCAGAGGGGUCCCCUACUGCCUUCUGGAUGCUGACCAGCGAUACUGUGGGAAGGCCACGUCACGCAAGACCUUGGCGGAAGAGCCGUGGGGAGAGGCCAGGCCCUCAGGUGGACAGACUUCAGCUGAGGAGGAAACAGAGGAUGGCGGUCUUGACCAUGAACCCCUUGGGGAAGGACUGGAUGACGAGAGGCCAGAAAUGACGGAGGAGGAGGAUGCUUUCAGCCGUGACAGUGGCCAGGAGGAAGGGGACGAGCCCACCUUCAGUUUCCAGGCUUUUGACAACUUCGAGAAAUUUGCAGAGGGAAUGGAUGAAGAAGGGAGUGAGGAAGAGGAGAGUAGCCUAGAAGAAGGCAGCGGCGAAGAAAUGCAGUGCGGGGGAGACUCUGAGUUAGACGGCACCGAGAGCGAGAAGGCAGCGGCCCAGGAGAGUGAGAACCAAGAUGGCGGGCUGCUGGUGGCCUUUUCCAAAGAGAGAGUGGCUGAAGAAGUAGACAAAGGGAAAGCCGUAAAGAAUCAGAUAGCCUUGUGGGACCUGCUCUUGGAAGGGCGCAUGAAACUCCAGAAGGUGCUCCUGACAGCCAACCAGCUUCCACAACCAGAUUCCUUCCUGGAGUUUAAGAAACGAGGAGGUCCAGAGUUCACCAGUGCUCUUAAGAACAAUUAUAAAGCCCUGAAGGCUUUGCUGAGAAGCCUGGUGGACCUUCAGGACGAGCUCCUGCUCCAGUAUCCCGGCAUGCGGCAUCUGGUGGACGGGCAGCACGCGAGAGAGGGAAGCGACGAAGAGGUCCCCGGCAGCAGUGAUGAAGAAGCCAGGCGGGAGGGCGGCGAGAGGAAGGAGGAGCCCACGAGGCCACCCAAGCGCAGGCUGGAGAUGCAGGACUACCCGGAGUUGGCGGCCAAGCGGUUCACCGACUUCCGAGCCUAUCGGAACAGCACCCUGCAGAAGUGGCACGACCGGACCAGGCUGGCUUCUGGCAAAGUGGGGAAGGAGGCCCUCCCGCCCGCAGUGCCCAACCCGCACCUCAAAGACCUGGACCAGGAGAUCUUCGAUGACGACGACUUUUACCACCAGCUUCUCUGGGAACUUAUUGAACGGAAAACCAGCUCCCUGGACCCAAAUGACCAGGUGGCCAUGGGCAGGCAGUGGCUGGCGAUCCAGAAGCUGCGGGGCAAGAUCCGGAAGAAGGUGGACAGGAAAGCGAGCAAAGGGCGGAAGAUCCGCUAUCACAUCCACAGCAAGCUGGUCAGCUUCAUGGCACCCAUGGACCCCUGCAUGAUGAAUGAUGAUGCCAGGGGAUUACAGCUGUGCCUAACGCGGAUUGACACAGUUUAUAAUUUGCCUGGCGAUGCGGAUGCUGGCGGCCAGGCCCCCACCCUAUCAUGGCAAGAAGGAAGGAGGCGCGUGCAUCAUCCCUGGAAAGUGCAUUUGGUGCCAGAGUUUUCUGAAAAUUGCAAGGAUCCCCAAGGUUGUUCACCGAAAUUUGGCUCCAGUCCUGACCUCCUGGCUUGACCCCCUGGGCUGUUUCUGGCUCCCUCCGCCUCAGCUCAUCGGAGACGUUCUACACAUUGGGCCACUAAAAUCAUCACAUUAGGGAAGUGUUGUGUUGGGUGCUUUUGCUGCAUAGCUGAGAAUGUCUAAUAACUUCUCACAUUGGUGUAUGCCUAUCCCUUAUAUUUUUAAGGUCCACCCGCCCCCCUUGGCUAGAGUUCUGAGAAUUGCAAAUAUUCCUGCUUAGUUCUCCAUAAUCAGCAUGUUGUGGGGUGGGGAGUAGCACAGGUCACCUUUCUCUCCUUGAAAGAGUUGCUGGGAGUUCCAGAUGCAGAAUUCCCUAACAGGUUGUCGUCCUGCUCAGAGUGUCUGCUGCUGCUGACCUACCUCAAAGUGAUUGUGAGGAUGACGGGAAUAGACCAUGGGAAAUACUCCCUGGCUAUAUAACCAAUGUGGUUAGGAAUGGGCAGUGAUGGUCCUCAUCUCUUCCUGGCAUAGGAAUCCUCCUGGUGUGACGGGAUGAGGGAUGCAUCAUUUCAUUUGGAAUCCCGCCGUGGUCUUCGCCUUGAAGGCCACGGUGUGAGAGAGCAUGUGGGACGACAGAGGCCUUGGACCUGAUCAGGCAGGGCUGCGCUAGUUCUCUAGAAAAGGUCCCUGUGUCCAGGGGAUCCAGCUCUAGAAGAGACUCCCCAUGUUCUUGAGCACUCUAGAACCCGGCCCAUGGUGGGCCACGGUGCCAGAGAGCAUGUGUGACUACAGAGUGGUCUCAUGUUCUCGAGCAGCCUGUGUUGAAUUCAAGUUCAAAGUCUUGGCUGAUUAAAUUCACUCAAGGCCAGUUAUGGUAAGGAGAACCUGAGGCAUCUGUAAGAAACAGGAGGCUGGACUGGAUGGGCGCGUGAUCCUGUCCCCUUCUCCCAUGACUGCUAGGUUUGCUCAAGAGUUUUGGAGGAGGAACUUGGUUGAAAGGUUUUUGAAAGUCCAGGUAUACUACAUCCUCAGGAUCACCUUUAUCCAAACACUUGUAGGCACUCUCAAAGAACUCCAAAAGGUGGACAAGGCAAGAGUUGCAGAAGCCAUGCUGGUUCUUCUCCAGCAGGGCCUGUUCUUUCUUCUGUGUGCUAACUGGCCUGUAAUUUCCCUGAUCCCUCCUGGAUCCCUUUUUGAAAAUCAGAGUUGCAUUGGCUCCUUUCCAGUCCUCUGGUACAGAGCCUGAUUGUAAGGAUAAGUUAUAAAUUUUUGCAAGGUCGUUGAUAAUUUCACAUUUGAGUUCUUUAAGGACUCUCAGGUGGAUGCCAUCUGGCCCUGCCCAGGUGUUAACUUUUAAACUUUCAAGACAGUUUGGAACAUCUUCUCUUGUCACCUCAGAUCGGCCCAAUUCUUCAGCCUCCACGCUCAGUUCAGGCACAGGUAUACGCUCAGUAUCCUCUGCCCCGAAGACAGAUGCAAAGAACUCAUUUAGCUUCUUUGCAAUCUCCAUAGCCUCCUUGAUCGUCGCUUUCACUCCCUUCUCAUCUAACAGUCCAAAAGCCUCCCUGGCAGGCUUCCUGCUUUUGAUGUAUUUAAAGAAGUGUGUGUUAUUCCCCUUGCAAAUUCUGGAUUCUUACUUGUUAGCCACACUGGCAUCCUACUGGACUGGGUGGUACCUUUCCUCCAUUUGGGUACAUAUUCUAACUGGGCUUCUAUUAUUGUGGUAUUAAAGAAACUCCCUGCAUUCUGGAGCAAAGUGACACUCCUGAUUUCCCGCUUGUUGUCUUUCCACCAAACUCCUCAUUUUAGAUGAAGACUCCAGUGGAGAGGUGUUCCGAGAUGCCAGCAGCCUGAUGCGAAGUGUGCUGCUGCGGCUGGCAGGCUCCGCAGCUGAUCCCUGCAGGAGAGACACUCUUCUGGACACGAGAUGGAGCAGAAGCACAGCAGACCCCCUUGCCUGAGGUGCCAGAGUGACAAGGUUCUGCAGAGUGAGCGGCGUCUGCCACUCUCUGGGAGUAGGAACUGAACUGGCCAACUUUGUAUAUAUGCCCAGAACUGCAUAUUAACCUAUCGAUGUCCUCUCCCUUGCAGCUAAAAAGAAAUAGGAGGGGGAGGGUCUUCUUGGCGGUGGCACCCUCUUAAUGAGGCUCACCAGGCACCAUCGUAUCUUUUGGCAUAGCAGCUGGAGGUCCUUAUUCACCCAUGUGUUUCAGAAUUGUGUUUGUGUUUUUGGUUGUACUGUUCUGUGUUUGCUGUGCUCUAUUGUCAGCUGCCCAGAGACCAAUUAUGUGGCAGCCAAUAAAGCAUUUGUUAAAAUAAAA